AUGGCUCUCUGGAUGGAGGAUGGUUCAGAACCGAAAACCAAUGAAGAAGUUGCUGACCUUCAGGCUAUCUCAGCUCUGAAGAAAGUUGCUGCUAUUGAACUCAAGGAAAAGGGAAAUGAGUAUGUGAAAAAGGGGAAGAAGCACUAUUCAGAUGCUAUUGAUUGCUACACAAGAGCCAUUAAUCAGAAAGCUGAAAGUGAUUCAGAUAACUCUAUUCUUUACUCGAACAGGGCUCAUGUCAAUCUUCUCUUGGGGAAUUACAGACGGGCUUUACAGGAUGCCGAGGAGGCAAUGCAACUUUGUCCGACAAAUGUUAAGGCUAUCUACAGGGCAGCCAAAGCAUCAUUCUCACUCAACCUGAUAGAUGAAGCAAAAUCAUAUUGCGAGAAAGGCAUUCAGCUUUGUGCAGACAAUGUAGAACUGAUUAAACUAGCUGAGCAAAUAAAUGUGAAGAAAUUGGAAUACGAACGGCGUGAACUUGAAAUUUCCAAGGCCGUGGCAACCGCAGAGGAUGUUGUCACUGCCUUUGAGGAUAGACAGAUAAAACUUGGGAGGCCAAUGUAUCAGGAGCUCACGGGAGUUAAAAGGCCAGUGUUAGACAAGAACAAUAUUCUUCAUUGGCCUGUUUUAUUUCUUUAUGCGGAGAUUAUGUCGGGUGACAUCAUAGAGGAUUUCUGUGAGACUGAUAUGUUCUCAGUUCAUCUAGACAUGAUAUCCUUGCUAAAGCUUUUAUUAUUCUUUGAGGAUAGUCCCCCUUUGCCCUGGGAUACCAAAAAGGCAUACACGCGUGAUGCUGUUGAGCUAUAUUACGAGGCUGGCUCUGGAGUUUGUUUGUCGAAAAAAGAAGUUGUUAGUUAUCUCUUGGAAGGGACAGCUGCAUCUCAUCUGGAAAACUAUAGAGUUCGGGACACCGAUGUUGCUGCUCAUACUUCCUUCUCAAGUGGUGAUGGUCCACGAUGGGUGAAAGUAAACGAGAAAAAAACGCUUCACGACAUCCUGAAAAACCAAGAUCUUAUUGUGCCUGGAAUUCCUGUGUUUUUUGUUGUCUCGAGGAGAUCAAGCUUCUAUGAAGAUUUCAGGUCCGGAAAAUGGGCUUCCCCUAAGAUUGCGUGA